AUGGGGACCGAGAGCGGCAGCGCCGGCGCCCUGCUGGGGCAGGCGGCCAUGCUCAACUUGCAGACGGGCAACCUGCUCAACUGGGGCCGCCUGCGGAAGAAGUGCCCGGCGACCCCCAGCGAAGAGCUGCGAGAUUGCAUUAAGAAAACCUUAAACGAAUGGAGUUCAAAGAUCAGCCUUGAUCUAAUACAAGAGAUGCCAAAAAUCCUUGAAUGUACUCUGGCUCAAGCAAUAGAAAAGAUCAACCCUGAAGAAAGGGAUGAGUUGAAAGUUUCAGCAAAACUGUUUAUUGCAGGAUCAAAUUCAUCAUCAAUCAGAGAAGCAGUCAAUAUGACAUGUUCUGCCCUUGGGGUAGACCAGUUAGAUUCUGUGAUUAUCGCUCCUCCGCCAACUGAAGACGGAAUAAAUCUUUCGCUAGAGUAUUUACAGCCUUACUGGGCAGAGCUUGAAAACUUAGUUCAAAACAAAAAGAUUGUUGCUAUUGGGACUUCUGAUCUAGAUAAAGCCAUGCUGGAGGAGCUGUUCUUGUGGGCACAGGUGAAGCCAAGCAGUAACCAGGUAAACCUUGCUUCCUGUUGUGUGAUGCCACCAGAUCUGACUGCCUUUGCAAAAGAAUUUGACAUCCAGUUGCUGACUCAUAAUGAUCCAAAAGAGCUACUUUGCGAAGCAAGCUUCCAAGGAGCUCUUCAGGAAAGUAUCCCAGAAUGCCAUGUACACGAAUGGACUCCACUGUGGCUUCUGCGGUAUUCAGUCAUUGUGAAGAGCAGAGGAAUUAUCAAAUCCAAAGGCUACAUCUUGCAAGCGAGAAGAAUACCGUCAUCUUAAGACUUUCGACAGUGGCCUGCUUCUGAAAAGACCCUGUCUCUACAAGGCAUUGCACCAAGGUGCAAACGAGAAAAUUCAAAAGGACAAAUGUGUUAUUAUCAAGUGGUCAGUGACACUCAAAUUGUAUAGCGGUAUAGCCAUGUGACAAGCAUAGUCAAUCCAUCAGUUUCCUUUCUUUUCUUACAUGUCUUUUGUAUGGAGACCAGCUUGCUCAAAUGGCAAAUAGUUGUUUUCACUUUACUGGAGUUUGUUAAUUUCAAUAUGAUAUAUAAAUAAAAAUAUUUGAAAUAUUUUAAUGAGUAAUAUAAACUAAAAAUCUUUGACUACCUAUAUUUUAAUUGAAAUAUUUUUUAUUUGUAAGGAAAAAUAUACCUUUUCUUAU